GUGCAGAAAUUGUUAAAAGGUGAUAUGGCGGCGAAUGACUGUAGUUAUGAGAGAGAUUUGAAGCUUGCACUCGAGUUAAGCAGGCAGUCAUAUGAGGAGGAAUCUCGGAAAAAGCAAGAGCUCGCAGGUAGUCAAGAUUUAAUUUGUUUAGAUGAUGCACAGAAAAGUAUCAAAAUUGAAAGUAUGGAUCAGCCGAAAGUAGAUUCAGAUAAUCUCUGUGGCAAAUAUAUUAACUUCAUUUCUAAAAGUGAGCAUGCUUCUGAUAAACAAAGCCCUACAAAAUCAGGAAAUGUCGCUUCUCAAUUUCAUCUUCAAAAUGCUGGUGGAUGGCUAGUUCAUAAUUCGUCACGUAACGGAUUGGAAUCGGUCGAUUCACUUGCCACGUUAUCUGUCGAACGGGUAUUUGGUGUACGGGAAGCUACAAACGCUGAAAUUUUGUAUGAUUCUGUUGCUCAUAAUGCGGUGCAAAGGUUCUUUCCUUCAAGUAGCACAGUUGUUGUUCCAUUUUGUUCUUCUAUCCACGGUCUUCAACCAAAUAGCGACUUGAUCGAUUUAAGUGAUAAAGAACCAUGGGAGGAAUUUGAUCCACUUUGUGCUUAUUAUACAAAAAAUCGGGAAGCUGCUUCAAUAUGGUCGAAUGAGAAAAAAGAUGCCGGGAUUCACCAAAGCCAUUCCGCCAUUAGUUUGUCAAACUUGCCAGCUGUACAAAGGUCUGAAUCAAUAUCAUCAUCGUAUCCGACUGCUGCUGAGAGAAAUGUUCGCUGGUCACCUCCGUGCAAGCCUCCUAGAUUGCACAAAAAUGGACGAAGUGAAUCUGUAGAUAUUACACUUUGUCGUUUUGAUUUCAAUCAAAUAAGAUUGCAGGAAAAACCUUCAGAAAUCGAUCGUGAAAUUGAAUCACUUUUACGUCGUUCUCCUCAAAAUUGUCUUUCGAUAUCAAAGCAUUUCAUAUCACCUGUUGUGGAUUACUUGAUAACAAGUUUCAAAGUGACAAGUGUGAAAGUAAUAGUCGAGAAAGAUUUUAGUUGGCCUUCAAUAUUGGGUGUAGAGGACAAAAUGACGUUUACCUGUGAAACAACAAGUACGAUUCAGUAUAUAUUAGCAAAUGUAUUAAAUACUUUCCUUGAUCCAUCACUUAUUAAUUUAUUGCAAGGCCAUUUACCGAUUGAUGAAUAUGGAUUGAAAAUUUAUGGACUAGAUGAAUUCCUUCUUAGUAGUUCUCAACUUGGCGAGAAUCCCUUUGUUGGACAAGCACUCGCUUUUGGUAAAGAUAUAAGGCUAGAGGUGGGCAAGAUAGUAAAUAAUAAUCGAUGCAGAAUCCUGGAACAAUUUCAAAUAGCAAACAUGGAUGGCGACUUGACACAUUCUUCCCAAUCCAAGAAACAGAAUUCCGUAGUACGAACGAUGACUGAUGUGCGAGAGAUUUUAGAUGCAUUGAAAAAUGCUUUUGGUUGUUCGACAUCAGCAGAAAAAAAAAGCAAGGACGGUGUGAGUCAAUCAUUGAAACUUCUUUGCACAGUUCUUGGACGCAUUAUGCCGACUGCACUUUCUCGAGCUUUGCAACUGUAUCUUGCAUCAACAACUAGUGACCAACUUUUAAUCGCAGAGCAAGAACUUCUCAUUGCUUUGCAUAAUUUUGUUGAUUUGUAUUGCAAAUCUGUUCGUUGUGGGUUUGAUAUACUCCCUUUGCAGGCAUUUCCGAGAGCGGAACAUGAACAUCGGGAAAUUUUUACAGUUGACGAACAGCUUUUAGUGCAUGUUGAUUCAGUUCAUAAUAUACCACAGGACUGGUCAGAUCGAUUCAGUGUUUUCUCAGUCGCUGUUCAUGUAAUGCAUGGGACAGCUGAACUUUGUCGAGGUAUAAAAGAAAGUUCUCGGCCAGUCAUAAGCAAUCAUUUCUUUCCAUAUUGCCCGACUAAUACAUGGGCUUGUUUCCGUAUCCCACUUUGUGUUUUACCUCGUGAAACUCGGAUUUUUAUCAUAUUAUAUGGAGCCAGUCCAUCGAAUUAUUCCGAUUAUAGUCAUUCAUCAAUUGAAUCAUCAGCGUUGAUUGAGAAACAACUUGCUUGUGCUUCUUUUCCCUUGUUUGACCAUGAAGGGUGUGUUUUUAAAGCACCUAUACAAAACAUUGAUCCUGUUGCCCAGAUUCGCGUCUUACUUCGUCAAGGAUCCCUUCUUUUACCUCUGUCUGCUAUUGAUGGUAAGGUGGUUCAUCCUUGGGGACCAAGGCCAUUGUUCGAAGCAGAAGAUGAUCUCGUUGUACUCGUGACAUUACCGCAACUGCAUUAUGGUGUUGUUUUCCCACACGUUAGCUAUGGAGACAAUAACAUGAAACGGGAUUUCAAUUCACUUGACUCCGAUACACAGCAGAAUUUGCUGGAUAUUGUGGAAAAUGGAGUUACUUACAGUCUAACUGAAGAUGAAAAAGAAGCUUUAUGGGAGAAACGAUAUUAUUUAACUAAUAUACCUGCUGCUUUACCUUUAGUGCUCGCUUCUGCUGUUGGUUGGGAUUGGGCAUCUCUCACAAAUAUCUAUCAGUUGCUUGAUGAUUGGAUGCCAUUAAGUUCGGUGCAAGCUAUCGAACUUCUCCUUCCACAUUUUCCGGACUUUACAGUUCGAUCAAAAGCUAUAUCUUGGCUUAGAAGUGCUUCGUCGGAUUUUCUUUUUAAUUUUCUUCCCCAGUUAACUGAGGCAUUGCGAUUUGAAGCAUUCGAAAAUUCUUCAUUAGCGGUUUAUCUACUAACGCUUAGCGCUGGCGAUCGCCGUUUUGCUUUCGAACUUUAUUGGCAGUUACAACAACGAAUAGACGUGUGCCAAGAAAGGGCUUAUUCAAAUAGAUGCAAUUUGCUGCAGCAGCAAAUUUUAAAACUGUUAGAUAAAGAAUUUGGUAUUGACAUUGAAAAUCAACAUCGACUUUUGAAAGCAUUAAAUGGUAUAUCUUGCGAUGUAAAAGAUGCUAACGAUGGCAAUAAAAUGUUAACACUUCAAAGACAUCUUGCACUGUUAGAUGCUCGAAUACUGGCAAACAAUGUUCGUCUUCCUGUUUUGCCAUCUUUUUUAUGUACAGGUAUCGAUGUAUCCGAUUCCAGCUAUUUCAAUUCAUUGACAAAGCCUAUUAAAAUAACAUUCAAGGGCUUGAAAAGUUCCCUUUCAGUGUUAUAUAAGAUUGGAGACGAUAUGCGACAAGAUGCACUAGUGCUGCAGUUGGUAAAAAUGAUGAAUGAUAUAUGGUUAAGUCAUGAACUUGAUCUUAGAAUGGUUAUUUUCCGCUGUAUUCCAUUCGGGAACAAAAGUGGAAUGGUCGAGCUGGUUCCUGAUUGUCGCACAUUAUGCGAAAUUCAAAGUGCUUCUGGUGCUACUGGUGUGUUCAAGGAUGAUGUACUCAAAAAUUGGCUGGAGAUGCACAAUCCUUCAGAAUUUCAAUACAAAAUAGCGUUAGAAAAUUUCCAUCUGUCGUGUGCAGGGUGGUGUGUUGCUACUUAUGUACUUGGUAUUGGUGACCGUCAUAAUGAUAAUAUACUGGUGACUAAAACUGGUCACGUGUUUCAUAUAGAUUUUGGUAAAUAUAUGGGGGACUGGCAGAUGGCUGCUGGAUUCCGAAGAGAUCGUACUCCUUUUAUUUUUACCAGUGAUAUGGCUUAUGUUAUCAAUGAAGGUUCACCUCAGUCAGCCACUAGUCGUUAUCAAAAUUUUGUUGAUAUUUGCUGUAGAGCUUUCAAUUUACUUCGAAAGAACUACUCCCUAUUUGUCAAUCUCAUGAAAAUGAUGUCUUGUUCGGGGAUUCCUGGUAUGAAUUUAGAUGCUGUCAAUUUUGUACAAACCAAUCUGCUUUUAAAUUUAACUGAUACGCAAGCUACUGUUCAGUUUACACGAAUGAUUGAAGAAAGUUUGAAAAGCAAAUUUCCUCGAUUGAAUUUUCUUGCUCAUACGUUGGUUCAGUUGAGAAGUACACCAUCAAUAUUGCGUGGUGGGUCUGAUGAUCCAAAUAAACUAUCUUUUAUCAAACAAUUAUAUACAUAUGAAGACAAAAUUUUUAGAAUGAAAGAUGAUGGUCGCAUAGUAAAAGUCGAUGUGUUGGCGUUUGAGAAAUGGCACAUACCUGAAAAAGUCUAUAUGUAUAAAGUCGAAGUUAAACGAGAAAAUGAAAUGGUUUGUGGUACUGUGUAUCGAUCAUUUCUGGAAUUCACUGAACUUUAUAUCAAAUUAUGCCGAAGGUUCCCGUUCGCACGGUUACCACCUCUUUCACAAGGAACCAAUAUUGGUCGCUCAAAUAUACGUAAAGUUGCUGAGAGAAGACAAGCUAGUCUGCAGCAGUUUUUAAAUUUACUAUUCGAAUACCAUGCAGAAGUGGCUAGUAGUGAUUUGGUUUAUACAUUCUUUCAUAUGAUUUUCCGUGAUACUGCACCUGAAGAGUCAAAUCGAAUUUCGCAAGUUAUGAACGCUAUACAAGAUGAAUCAGUUGCAGUAGAUGACGAAGAUGCAUUAUCAAAGAAAAUAAUUGGCCGUAUAUUCUUGAAACUUAGUUAUGAUCAACAGGAUGGGGCUUUGAGUAUUUUUGUUGGUCACGUUAGAGGAUUGAAGACAAUAAAUGGUCAAAUACCAGAUUCUUACGUUAAAACUUACUUGCAUCCGGAUCCUCAAAGAAUCUCAAAGCGAAAAACACAUGUUGUAAAAAAUACUCAAAUGCCGACUUUUAAUGAGGAGCUACAUUACCACUUGGUCUCUGAUAUUAACUUGAUUGAACGCGCAUUAGAAGUUUCCGUCUGGAAUUGUGGCUCAUUAGUCGGGGAAAAUUCAAUAAUUGGAUCUGUGCACAUCCCUCUACGUAAACUGGUGGAUAUUCCAACUGAUCGUAAAGGCAUAAAAGUUUUGGAUGGCUGGUUCAAUUUGGCAACAGGACCAAGAACUAUUGUUGCAGAGUUGUUUGUAGGGUGCUACGUACCUGAAGAAAAAAGCAUACGAGAUUUCAGUUUCGAUUCAGUAAACUGA